ACAUUCUAAACCAGUCUGCAAGACGACCUCAUUUACAUACGUAAGUUGCAAAAAUAUUGCAAACAAAAAUGCAGAAAUCGUUCCUUUCCGCCUUGCUGUUAUCCGCCCUUUGCGCGGUCACCAUCUCAGUCCCCGUCAAUGAGAAUGCGCCCAAAGCUGCGACCCCGUGCGAUCCGAGCGUCUGUGUGGCGCCAGCUUGUCGAUGCAGCUCGCAAGAACCACCAGGGGGAUUAUUCGGACCUAAUUUGCCACAGAUGGUCUUCCUCACAUUUGAUGACGCCAUUACCAUCACAAAUCAUCCGUUUUAUGAGGAAAUCCUAUUUCCCAAUGGCGUCCCUCGUCUGAAUCCAAACAAUGCUCCGGCCACAGCCACGUUCUUCAUUUCCCAUGAGUACACCAAUUACUCGUUAGUUCACGACUUGUGGGUUCGAGGUCACGAUAUCGCGCUCCACAGCAUCACGCACGUGUCCGACACGGGAUACUGGGCCAACUUGAAUGAAGCCGGUUGGGCCGCAGAGCUCGCCCAACAGCGCGAACAACUCGCUCGUUUCGCUCAAGUUCCAAUAGAAUAUAUUAAAGGCAUGCGCGCUCCAUUCCUCCAAGUCGGCGGGGACGCUAUGUACUCUGCCCUGGUUAAUGGUGGCUUUUUAUGGGAAUGUUCCCGCCCAACGCAAAACCAGCGACGCCCAGGACUCUGGCCGUACACGGCAGAUUUCGAAUCUACCCAGGACUGUCAGAUUCCCACCUGCCCGGUGGAAGCGUACCCGGGAUUUUGGGUCUUUCCCAUGAUCGAUAUGAUUGGCGAUGAUGUCUUCCCAUGUGCCAUGUUGGAUGAGUGUACACCACUUCCUAAGACGCAAGCAGCCAUGUACAACUUGCUCCUGCGAAACUUUAAUGACCAGUAUACCGCAGGCAACAACAGGGCGCCAUUUGGCAUCUUCACCCACGCCGCCCUGCUCGUCGGACCGGACAAUAUCCCAGAGUUUGGCGAGAGGAAGCGAGGCUACAUUCAAUUCUUGGACUAUCUGACCAGUCUUCCGGAUGUUUAUAUCGUCGGUAUUUCCCAAGCCAUGGAGUGGAUGAAGCAACCAACGGGUAUUGCCGAUAUUGACACAUUCCAGCCCUGGAAAGAAGAUGUCAACCGACCAAGACAGUGCAUAUUCCCGAGGAACUGCAGAUACGAGAACUCCACGUGGGAACGAUUCAUGUCGUCUUGUUACCCCUGCCCACAAAGCUACCCAUGGUUAGGAAAUCCGAUGGGAACUCUGCUCCAAUUCGACGAGUAAAUAUUUUUAUUGGCGGAUUAACACUGCAUAAAUUUAACUGGAUUUUAUUACUGGUCUGCGAUUGAUCAUUCUAAAUAAAUUAAUACGUAAAAAAUAAAGUAUUUCAUACAUACAUAUGUAA